AUGGCUGAGGCUAUCACUUAUGCAGACCUGCGGUUUGUGAAGGCACCUCUGAAGAAGAUUGUCUCCAGUCGGUUAGAAGAGGACCCAGAGGCCUAUGAGGACGGGGAACUCACCUAUGAGAAUGUCCAAGUGCCCUCAGUUCCAGGUGGGGCCUCGGGCUUGGCCUCCUCUGGACUAGGGGACAAAGCAGGGCUUAAGUCAGAGCAGCCAAGUGCGACCUGGAGCUCCGUGACGUCGCCACCUGUUGGAAGACUUCUACCCUGUCGACAAGCCUGCUUGCAAUACCUCCUGAUCGGCCUGCUCCUCACCUGCCUGCUGUUAGGGGUGGCCGCCAUCUGCGUGGGGGUGCGCUAUCUGCAGGUAUCUCAGAAGCUCCAGCAAGUGCACAGGGUUCUGGAAGUCACCAACAGCAGCCUUCAGCAGCAACUUCACCUGAAGAUAACUCAGCUGGGGCAGAAGGAAGAGGCUCUGCAGGAGUCUGAGAAGAAACUGCUCCAAAGUCAGGAAGUACUACAGGUGGAGCAGAGUGAUCACCAGGCUACUGAGGGGAAGCUACAGGCCUGCCAGGUGGACAGAGAGAAUACCCAGAGGACCUUGCAAAGGGAGGAGGAGCAGAGGCGGUCCUUGGAGCAGAGGCUACACAACAUGCAGAACACAGUGAAAUCCUUCUUGACAUGCUCCCCACCAGUACCAAACAUGGAACACAUGGCCCCACAAAUGCUAGGCAACUGCUGCCCAGUGGGAUGGAUACUGAGGGAGAGACGCUGCUUUUACUUCUCAUCUAUUCGUCAGACUUGGAAGGAGAGCCAAAACUAUUGUAAAUCUUUUUCCUCCAACCUGGCUACAUUCGAUGAAAGUGAUUACUCAUCCAACAAAGAACCUGUAUUUUCACACGGUGGUUCAGAUUCAUAUUGGAUUGGCUUCAACUCUAAUAAGGACCAACAGAAGACUUAUAGUUCACGAUAUUUUGGCUCAAGAUGCAUGAUGAUGAAAAAAUAUUGGGCAUGGAGGAAGUCAGAGUCAGAGACAUGUACACAACUCCUUCCCUGCAUCUGUGAGCUGUCACCUUCCAGGUUUCCAGAUGGGGACCAUUCUUUUCAAUGAACUGGACAUCAUGCCAACAAGAGCUCGUGACUCUGAUCCCUAUCCUGCGGCCUGCACAUCCUAAGAUUGUCAUCCCCAGGCAUUCCCUGAGCCUGGGCAUUGCCAAACCAAGGACUGAUCCACACCCGACACUUCUGGCCAACCUGCUUGAAACCCUGUCCCAGAAACUGGACUGAUCCUGGGAAGGAGAUAAAGAAGCCUCUAGAAGGGACUUUGACCUCCCUCAAGAACCUCCCAUACUGGAAAUGGGCAGGGGAGCAGGGCGCAAGGGCUGAGUGGAUGGGGCGGCCCGGAG